GGAAAUGAGAUUAAAAGACUUUUCUGCGCUUUGUUUUGACAUGGACUUCACUCUUGUGAACUAUUCUCUGAACAAAUUCCUACCGAUGGUGUACGAUGUCACAGCCCAGUUUUUGGUUGAGAAAAAAGGGUAUCCAAAGACUCUCAAACAUCGGGAUGAGUCCGAUGUAAGUAUAUUUAACCAGUUUUCAGCAUGUAUAUUGAAUAUUCUUUUGUACAAUCUUUUUAUUCAGCUGAAGCUGAUUCGCCAGGGACUUAUAUUGGAUAAAACAACACAUCAUUUCCUGGAUAUAUCAUCUACUGGUGAAGUCAUUUCAGCUUUUGACGGAAACAACUUUCUUAGCCACAAGAAGAUAUUGGAGCUCUAUCCAGACAGAAGGUGGUCAUAUUUUGACACGUUUUACAAAGGGUUUGAAUGUGAUGUAGCUACUGUAUCACAUGAUGAGCUACCUUACUUCUUUUACGACUCUGCGUUUGUAUCUCCGGUUAUUCCAGUUAUGGCCAAACACAUGAGGUCUCUUAGCCGCUGUGAAUCUGAUUUCAGUGAAAAAUGCAAAACUUUAUACAAAGAUACGUUGGAAUCUUUUAACUUUAAUUUCCAUCCAGAUAACUUUAAGAGAAAUACAGGCUUCUUUUUUCCAGAAAUGAUGAAAAAUACCGAUUUGUACAUUGACAAAGCCUCCCCAAAAUUCAAGAACCGACUUAAAGAACUAAAAGAUAAUGGUGUAAAACUUGUACUGGUAACAGCAUCACAUGUUGAUUAUACUGAGCUCCUCAUGGAUUAUUCAUAUGGUUCCAAUUGGAGGGAGUAUUUUGAUAUUGUCUGUUGUCGAGCCCGCAAGCCAGGUUUCUUCACAUCAAGUCCAGUUUCUCGUCCAUUCUAUCGAUGGAACUUUAAAAAUGACUCCAUAGGCAAUGAAACAAUGCCAGAGUUAAACUGUAAGGAUAUAUUUUUUGAAGGACAUUGGACAUGUGUGGACAAGUGGAUCAAGUGUAACGCAACAAGACCAGGACGUGUCGCAUAUGUUGGAGAUUCUUUUAAAUCAGAUAUCAUUCCCACAAAACUGUUUACUUCUUGGGACCAAAUGGCAAUUGUUUGGGAGGGUCAGAAAUAUUUGAGAGAAAAAUCUAGUGAAAAGCUUGAUCAUGUGAAUAAAAAGGCCCACCUUGAAGAAAAUGAGGAAUGGGGAAGUUUCUUUGGAAGUGAGAAACAAUUUACUAUGACUGCUGGUAAACUGAUGGCUCAUUCUGAUAUUGUCUUUAGUAAUGUUGAAAGUCUUGCUUCAUUAGAAAUGGAUGAAAAUUUUGAAACCGGUUGUUUUUACGAUUUUGAUCCCUAUGAAUAA